AUGGAAGAGUUGAAACCUGCGACUUCAUACUCCCUCACGAUAAAGGGAGACAUGACCACCAGCACGGUGGUGGAGGAUAUUCCAGGCACGCGACUUCUGGUGGAUGAAAAUGCCACCCACCUGGUUUAUCUGCCCCGGCCGAGUGCCUCGCCGGAUGAUCCGCUCAAUUGGAGCUGGGUGCGGAAGUAUACGUCCAUGCUGCUGGUCUGCUUCUGGGUCGUACUGCUAGGCGGUGCCACCAUCUCGCCCGCGGUCACAUAUGGUCCCCUGAUCCAGGAGAUGGGGGUGACGGUGAACUACCUGAAUAUUGCGGCGGCUGUCGCCUUGCUUCUGUUGGGACUGGGGAAUUUAGUAUUCAACCCAAUCGCCCUCCGAUUCGGACGGCGUCCGGUGUACCUGGCAUCGGCUAUUAUCAGUAUGGUAGCGAACAUUGUGGCGGCGAGUUCGAAGUCCAAGGGCGCCUACAUGGCGGGUCGCAUCGUUCUGGGCUUUGGAGCGGCGCCCUUUGAGCAACUGCCCGCGCUGACCAUCGAUGAUCAGUUUUUCAUCCACCGUCGAGGAUUUGGCCUCUCGUUGUAUGCUUUCGCUCUCAACGUUGGGUCCUUUUUAGGGCCCGUCGCAUCCGGAUUCGUGACGGAGAGCAUGGGGUGGAGAUGGAUGCACUGGUGGUAUGCCAUCUUCCUGGGGCUUUCCGCCGUCCUCAUGUUCCUGUUUCUCGAAGAGUCCGCCUUUGUUCGGCAUACUGAAAACAACCUCCCAACGGUGGAGAGGGAGAGUCCUACCCAGGGACCGCGGAAGAGCAUACUCCACCGCCUGAAGCCCUUGACGCACGUCGAGAGCCCCGUGCCCUUUGUCCAGCUUGCCAUCGGACCCUUCAAGAUGCUUCUGGAACCGAUCGUCUGGUGGUGUGGGAUCACAUACGGAUUCGGCGUGGCGUGGCUCACCAUCAUGGCGUAUGAAUCGAGUACCGUGUUCGGGAACUAUGGUUUCUCCUCGGCUGCUAUCGGCCUCACGAAUAUCGCGCCUUGGGUGGGCGCCUGCUUGUCGCUCUAUGCCGGGGGUGCGGGAACCGAUCGCUUCAUGGUCUGGAAAGCACGCCGAAAUGGGGGCGUCAUGGAAGCCGAAUCGCGCAUCUACUCAGUCCUCAUCGCCGGCCCGAUCAUGUGUGGCGGGCUGGUGCUGUACGGCGCCGGGGCCGCGCACCAAGUCCACUGGAUGGGACCGAUCAUUGGCAUGGCGAUGAUUGGAAGUGGGCUCCCCAUCGCCGGCGAGGUCACACUGGGGUAUGCGAGUGAGAGUUAUCCGUCGCUGGCCGGCGAGGCCACCACCGGGCUGGUGUGUAUCCGGAACGUCAUUGGCGCCGCCAUGACGUUUGGCAUUGGCCCGUGGAUCGAUCGUUGUGGGCUGCAAGAUACCUUUGUGAUCGUGGGGGUGCUGGCGUUUGUGGUGUUCUACUCGGGGAUUCUCUUCAUCUGGAAGGGAAAGGCCUGUCGGAGAAUGGGAGCAAGGCGGUAUCACCAGAUGGUCGCGAAGAAGGAGUAA